AUGGCGGAGGAGGGGCCGGGCGGCCCCGACAAGCCCGGGGGGGCGAUGGAGGGGGACGGGGACGGCGGUGAGACCCCGGCAGCGGACGGGGGUGAGCCGGGCCUGAACGGGGGCCCCCCCUCGGAGCCCCCCCCGGAGGAGCCCCCCCCGUUCCCCCCCGAGUUCCAGCGGCUCUGGGGGGCGGCUCAGGGCAACCCCCAGGACUUCAGCGCCUGGACUGAGCUGCUGGCCUACGUGGAGCAGGAGGAGCUGCUGGAGGGCGCCCGGCGCGCGUUCGACGCGUUCUUCCAGCGCUACCCGUACUGCUACGGCUACUGGCGCAAGUACGCCGAGCUGGAGAGGAGGCUGGGCAGUGCCCGCAGCGCCCAGCAGGUGCUGGAGCGGGGGCUGCAGUCCAUCCCCCUGAGCCUGGAGCUCUGGCUCAGCUACAUCGCGCACCUGCAGAGCUCGCUGGACCCCGAGCGGCCUGAGAGCGCCCAGAGGGUCCGGGGCGCGUUCGAGGCCGCCCUGGCCGCGGCAGGGAUGGAUUUCCGCUCGGACAAGCUCUGGGAGUCGUACCUGGAGUGGGAGCGGGAGCGCGGGGACCUGCGGGCGGUCACGGCCAUCUACGACCGCCUGCUGUCCAUGCCCACGCAGCUCUACAGCCAGCACUGGGAGCGGUUCAAGCAGCACGUGCUGCAGCACCCGCCCGGGGCCAUCCUGUCCCCCGAGGAGCUGCUCUGGGUUCGCUCCAAGCUCGGCCCCGACGCCGCCCCUGCCCCGAAGGCGCCGCCCGAGGCCCCCCCGGGGGAGGAGCCGCCCCCCGGGGCCCCCGAGCCGCAGCAGGAUCUGGACCAGGAGAAGAUCCGGGAGCUCGUCAUCUCCAUGAGGCAGCAAAUCCACGCCCAGAACGAGGCCGAAGUCAGCAAGCGCUGGAGCUUCGAGGAUGGGAUCAAGCGUCCCUAUUUCCACGUGAAGCCGCUGGAGCGGGCGCAGCUGCGGAACUGGCGCGAGUACCUGGACUUCGAGGUGGCGGCGGGGUCGCACGAGCGCAGCAUCGUCCUGUUCGAGCGCUGCCUCGUGGCCUGCGCGCUCUACGAGGAGUUCUGGGUCAAGUACACGCGGUACCUGGAGUCGCGCACGGUGCCGGGCGCCCGCAGCGUUUUCCAGCGCGCCUGCGGCUUCCACCUGCCCCGAAAGCCCAACAUCCACCUGCUGUGGGCAGCCUUCGAGGAGAAACAAGGCAAUGUUGAAGAAGCCCGCCGCAUCCUGCGCUGCUUCGAGGCCGCGGUGCCCGGGCUGGCCAUGGUGCGGCUGCGCCGGGUGAGCCUGGAGCGCCGGCACGGGCGCGUGGCCGAGGCCGAGGCGCUGCUGCUCGAGGCCAUGAGGGCCAACGAGGGGCUGCCCCUGGGCUCCUUCUACGCCGUCAAGCUGGCCCGGCAGGUGUGCAAGGUGCAGAAGAACCUGGGCAAGGCGCGCAGGGUGCUCGUGGAGGCGCUGGAGAAGGACCCGGACAACGCGCGGCUCCACGCCAACCUGCUGGAGAUGGAGUUUGGGGCGGACGUGGGGCAGAACGAGGGGAACACCAUGAGCUGCUUCGAGCGCGCCCUGCGCUCGCCCCUGCCCGACGAGGCCAAGCUGCUCUUCUCGCAGCGCCGCGUCGAGUUCCUCGAGGACUUCGGCUCCAGCAUCCACAGCCUGCUCAAGGCCUACGACGAGCACCAGAAGAUCCUGAAGGCGCACGCGGCGCGAAAACGAGCGCCGGAGAACGGCUCAGAAGAACCCGAUGACAAACGGCUCCGUCCCGACGACCCCUCGGGGCUCCUGGGACCCCUCAACUUCUCAGGGGGAGACCCCAACCCCUCCUACAACUACUGGUACCAGCACGGCUACAGCUCCUACGGCUACCAGAGCCCCUGGGGCUACGGCCACUACUACGGGCAGAGCUGAGGGGGGCUGCACCCCCUGCCCGCCCCCUCCCCCCUGUACAGACUGUGGGACCCCUCCCCCAAAAUUUGGGGGGGGGGCUUUGUAAAUAAAGAGGCUGUGAGGAGUUA